UCCCGAUUAGUCAGAGUGGAAGGGGUUAAAUUCUCAGCCAUCCUAUUCUAAAGUGAUUUAUGAUGACGUGUAGUGUUUCAAAAACUCUCCCCAACCCCAAAAAACAGCACUCUCCCUCCCCACUGGGUCUUUUCUCAACAUACUGAAAUGGGAAGGAGGCGGUGUUUCGCUGAUCUGUUAAAUUCUUAGUGAAGUUUCCUUGAUUUCCAGUGGUCGCUGUUGUUGGGAGUUUGGUUUGGAUCAAAACUGAGGUUGUCCUGGCAUUUCUGGGACUGAAUCCAGGCAAGAGGAAGAAGAAAAAGAAGGAGAUGGAAAAGAGAAGCAAACAAGGUGGGGAGUAAUAAAGGGAAGAGAGAAACACAGGAAAAGAGAAAAGGUUCUUUUUCAACAUCACAUUCCUGUGUUUUCCCUUAGCCUGGAAAACAUAUUAAUCCCAGUGCUUUUAGGCUCGGAGACAAAGGGACUGAGUCAGACUGUGGGAGAAAGGGUGAUAAGAAGAAUCUUGGAAGUCUAAAAAGAGAAAGAGUGAGGUUCUUAAAUAGCUGGGGCUCCACUUAAGGGACAUUCUGUGUCAGCACAGGGGCUGGCAAAUGCAGACAGACAAGACCUAGUAGAAGCUACAGGCAAAUGGAGAUGCAAAGACGGAAAAGGACGAGCUAGCUCCUUUCACCUCAGUUUACUUGUCAAGAAGGUAAAAAUUCACAGCCAGAAGGAAAAAGAAGUCACUGAACCCUCAGGUCUGGGCAGGCUGUGGCUACUGGGGUGCAGUUUUGGGAGCUGAAGGUGCAGUGCACCCCAUUUGGACUGUUUAGCCUCCAGAAGGAGAAAGAGGGUGCUUCUAGGAAAUCUGUCCUGGGACCACGCUUCAGAUCGCUUUUUAAACCCUCUGCAUUCCAGCUCCAUGAGCCACAAUAGGAUUGCACAAUGACAUGGAGAAUGAGGCUGAGUUUUGCCAUACUGCUGGCAAUGUGUUUGGUGUGUGGAUCUCAACCCCAGCCCCUGGCCAGGAAUAAAGGGAGUCACCGAGGUCCGAAAGCCUUGCAAAAGCCAGAUCGCUUUCUGAGGCACACGGGGAGAUCUCCAGGAAGUGAGAGAACUCUGUUGGAAGAAGCAAACCUUCACCCUCUCCAGAGAAGUGUCGUACCCGUGUUGAGAUUAGCUCGAGCAACUGCACUGCCAUCUCACAAGGGCAUCAAUGGGGUCCCAGUCAGACCUGAGCCGAGACCCACAGCCCGGAGGCCACCCCGUGAGAUGGUUCGAGAUGAGGGGGCUUCAGCUCGGUCGAGAAUGUUGCGCUUCCCCUCCGGGUCCAGCUCGCCCAACAUCCUGGCCAGCUUUGCAGGCAAGAACCGAGUGUGGGUUAUCUCAGCCCCUCACGCCUCGGAAGGCUACUACCGCCUCAUGAUGAGCCUCCUGAAGGACGACGUGUACUGCGAGCUGGCGGAGAGGCACAUCCAGCAGAUCGUGCUGUUCCACCAGGCAGGCGAAGAGGGCGGCAAGGUGCGGAGGAUCACCAGCGAGGGCCGGGUCCUGGAGCAGCCCCUGGACCCCAGCCUCAUCCCCAAGCUGAUGAGUUUCUUGAAGUUGGAGAAAGGCAAGUUCAGCAUGGUGCUGCUGAAGAAGACGCUGCAGGUGGAGGAGCGCUACCCUUAUCCAGUCAGGCUGGAGGCCAUGUACGAGAUCAUCGACCAGGGCCCCAUCCGUAAGAUAGAGAAGAUUCGGCAGAAGGGGUUUGUACAGAAAUGUAAGGCAUCUGGGGUAGAAGGCCAGGUGAUGGAGGAGGGAGACGGCGGCGGGGGGGCAGGAAGGCCAGGCCUGAGCAGUGAGAAGCGGAAAGAAGAUGCCAGGAGAGCCCAAGUCCCACCAACCCGAGACAGUCGGGUGAAGGUGGUGAGAAAACCCGCCACCACCAUGGCUGCGUCUCCCCCACCUCCUUCAACCCCGAGGGCCACCACCCUGCCACCUGCUCCAGUCACAACAGUGACAAGGGCCACCUCUCGCAUGGUGACGGCAGCUGCAAGGCCCACCACCACCACCACGACCAUGCCAACCACCCAGAGGCCCUGGACACCCCGGGUGCACCUCUCCUUAGAUGUGCACAGGCCACCAACCACAGCUGAAGCCACCACAGCCAGGGGACCCAUGGCCUCUGAGAAUCUCUAUCCUCCACCCAGGAAAGAGCAACAAAGGGAGAGGCCACAGACCACCCGGAGACCCAGCAAGGCUGCCAGCUCUGAGAGCUUCACAGCUGCCCUUCCCACCAUUCUCUCGGAGCCCAGCACCAGGGUUGGCAGUAGCCGUUUCCGGGACAACCGCACAGACAGGCGUGAGAAUGGCCACCGGGAUCCGAAUGUGGUGCCAGGACCUCACAAGCCAGCCAAAGGAAAACCUCCCAAAAAGAAGGCCCAGGACAAAAUUAUUAACAAUGAGUAUGAGGACAAGUAUGACCUCAGCCGGCCCACUGCCUCUCAGCUGGAGGAGGAGUUGCAGGUGGGGAAUAUCCCCCCUAAAAAAGCAAAGGAAUCUAAAAAGCAUGAAAAAAUUGAGAAGACUGAUAAGGAGAAGAAAAAGAAGGCAAAGAAUGAGAAAGCAGACAAGUUACACAAGAGUGAAAAGCCAGUGAAAAAAGAGAAGGCAGAGAAAAAGAACAAGCAAGAAAAAGAGAAAAACAAGAAGAAAAAAGCAGGGAAACCAGAGCAGGAUGGUUAUUUGAAGCCCACCACAAAACUUUUCACUCAGAGUCCUAAGAAGUCAAUGACUGACCUGCUGGGCUACUUUGAAGGCAAACGAAGGCUGCUUUUAAUCACUGCUCCUAAGGCUGAGAACAACAUGUAUGUGCAACAGCGAGAUGAAUAUCUAGAAAGUUUCUGCAAGAUGGCCACCAGAAAACUUUCUGUGAUCACCAUUUUCGGCCCUGUCAACAACAGCACCAUGAAAAUCGACCACUUCCAACUAGAUAAUGAGAAACCCAUGAGAGUGGUGGAUGAUGAAGACUUGGUAGACCAACAUCUUAUCAGCGAGCUGAGGAGAGAGUAUGGAAUGACCUACAAUGAUUUCUUCAUGGUGCUCACAGAUGUGGACCUGAGAGUCAAGCAAUACUAUGAGGUGCCUAUAGCAAUGAAGUCUGUAUUCGAUUUGGUCGAUACUUUCCAGUCCCGAAUCAAAGACAUGGAAAAGCAGAAGAAGGAAGGCAUUGUUUGCAAGGAAGACAAGAAGCAGUCAUUAGAGAACUUUCUAUCCAGGUUCCGAUGGAGGAGGCGGUUGCUUGUGAUCUCUGCUCCGAAUGAUGAAGACUGGGCUUAUUCACAGCAGCUCUCUGCCCUCAGUGGUCAGGCAUGCAAUUUUGGUCUGCACCAUAUAACCAUUCUGAAGCUUUUAGGUGUUGGAGAGGAAGUUGGAGGAGUUUUAGAAUUGUUCUCAAUUAAUGGAAGUUCUGUUGUUGAGAGAGAAGACAUACCAGUCCAUUUGGUGAAAGAUAUACGUAACUAUUUUCAAGUGAGCCCAGAAUACUUUUCCAUGCUUCUAGUUGGAAAGGACGGUAAUGUAAAAUCCUGGUAUCCUUCCCCAAUGUGGUCCAUGGUGAUUGUGUACAAUUUGAUUGAUUCCAUGCAACUCCGGAGACAGGAAAUGGCCAUUCAGCAGUCACUGGGGAUGCGUUGCCCAGAAGAUGAGUAUGCAGGCUAUGGUUACCACGGUUACAACCAGGGAUAUCAGGAUGGUUACCAGGAUGACUACCGUCAUCAUGAGAGCUACCACCAUGGAUACCCUUACUGAACAGAAACAUGUAACCUUAGUCCCAGCCAGUCUCCCCUGCAGCUGUUAAGACCACAGGAGGCCAACUACAUAAAGGACUUCUUCCACACCGCCUACAUUCCUUGCCUUUCUCUACCAGUGUUCCUCCACAAUUAAAUAAAUAGCAAACUUUUGCCUA